AAAGCUUUUCCCCUGUACAAAAAUACCUUCCUAACUCGGAAAUAUUCGUGUUUCUGGACGCGGAUCAAAGAGCCUGUUGCGGGCGGCUAGCAACCGCUUGCCAACUUUCGCAUUUCUUUGUCUUCAAUCAGCAGCAAGUGCGACACUUUUCAAGCCACAUUUCGCUGUCGUCACCCACCACCUCGAAACAUCGCCGCGAACAGUUUGUGAAACUUCGAGAACACGUCACUCGAGCAGGCCCGACCCAGCUUCUUGUUCGUUCAUCUACUGCUCUGCGAAAAAAGAGAAGAAAAAAACACCACUGCUCAUAUGACGCUAAUCAUCUCCAGGAGUCGAGGAAGGUACCUCAAAAUGUCUCGGCUUCUGACGCCGAGUACAACCUUUCCCUCUUCCGAUGCGAUCGGAGUGGGCAAUCAAAAUGACAAUCUGGCUGCCAAUGACGAUGGCGACAUCAUCGCGAGGAACCGCCUCGCCAUUAUCGAGUUGGAGGAGAAAUACAUCCUCAACCCCGGCAUCCUCACCGUUGACCCUUCUGGACAACUCAAAAUCGACCUGUCCAAUGAAGAGCCCGACCAAGGCACGAUGGUGGGGCUGUACCCAGGCCUGCCACCCCCAGAAGGGUACGAACCACAGAUUCCUUCCUGGCUGCGCGACUUUUUGAUCAAAGAACUCAACCUCUUUGGUAACGGCCCGCCUUCUGCCUGUGGCUCUCUCUGGGACCAGAUGGUUAGGAGCAGGGAGAUUGGCGCAGAAGGUACAAACUUGAGCGUCAGCUCGGCGGCACUCCUCCUGUCCUGCGGUGUCAUGAGCCUGCGAGAGUCGGUUGCCGAUCUUCGUGACUUUUGCUCCAGUGGGGACCCUGUGUGCGAGGACACUUAUGAGAUGGAAUUCGGAAUCGUAGAGAGAGUCAUAAAAAGAAUUGCCGGGUGGCACCCGUCACAGAGUGUACAAAACAGACUGUUGGCCUCCGUCUCGUCCAAGAAGGAAGGCAAAGAGCAGUCCCCUGCGAAGCGCCGCAAGAUCACCGAGAGCAGACAUGUCGACGUCGCCGCACCGGCAGAACAAGAGCUACCGAGGGACAUCGCACUGCUUCUGAACAUAGGCUCACAGGGUAUGGUCAUGAAGGGCGUCCUCGACAGUUCCCUCGAGGACCUGGUCAUCACUCCGGUUUCCCGUCUGAUAGACAAGCUGGAUACCGUGGAGAAAGCACUCAGGAGACAAGAGGAAGAGGACUGCAAGAAGGAGAAUCGCGUCGGAGGCGGGGAUCAUUAUUCGGACUCCGGUGUCUCGGCUUGUUCGCCUUGA